AAAUCUCACAAAUAAUCCCAGUCGUAUACAUAUUUAAUUUUACAUUAAAAAAUAUUACAUCGAUACAGAGAAUAUAUAGGAAAGAUCAGUUCCGAUUUAGUCAGGGAUUUGAAAACAGUAAUAAUAGUAAAUCGUAGUAACAAUCAUUUAUCGCCCCGUAAUUGUAGCUCCGAAUUUAUCGCAACCCAUUUUCCCAAAAUCCCCUCCAGAAACGAAACCCACACUUUAAUCCAUUAAUUCCCUCCUCACAUAUCGCUUUUCACUUCGCCGGAAUAACAAACCGCCCAAUCCGCCGGCCGGCCGGUCGGUGUCGCUGCUAAUCAAUCCCUCUGAUGGUUUUCCGGCGGCGGCGAUGGCAGACGACGCCGCACAGCACCCCAACAAUUUUUCCCAGACCCUAACUCUCGAGCAGCGCUCCACCUCCUCCAAGAAGAAAAACAAGCCGUCGAAGCCCCUCCGCGCCUUCCGCAACGCUUUCCGAUCGUUCCCGAUCAUCGCUCCGGCCUGCAAGUUCCCGUCGCUGCCGGGGGGGCGGUUCCCGGACGGGAAGUCGCUGCGCGUGACGGGGACGCUCUUCGGGUACCGGAAGGGGCGCGUGAGCCUCUCGAUCCAGGAUAACCCCCGGACGGUGCCGACGGCGGUGGUGGAGCUGGCGAUGCAGACGCAGGCGCUGCAGAAGGAGAUGGGGCAGGGCAUGGUGAGGAUCGCCAUGGAAUGCGAGAAGCGCCCCGACAAGGACCGGACGGAGCUCCUGGAGGAGCCGCUCUGGACCAUGUUCUGCAACGGCCGGAAAAUGGGUUACAGCGCCAGAAGGGAUCCCGCCGGCGAGGAUCUGCACGUGAUGGAGGUGCUCAGGGCUGUGUCGAUGGGGGCCGGUGUGCUGCCCGGCCGGCCUGACCUCGACGACGGACCCGACGGGGAAUUGGCCUACGUGAGGGCGCAUUUCGACCGGGUCGUGUCCAAGGACUCGGAGACGUUAUACAUGGUCAGUCCGGACGGGACCAGUGGUCCCGAUGUCAGCAUCUUCUUUGUUAGAGUUUGACGUUUCAAUUUGUUUUUUUUUUUUUUUUUGAUAAUAUUGUUAGGGUUUGUGAAUAAUGUUGGGUGCAUUUAGGAUUCAAUCAUGUGUGUAUAGUGUACACACAUUUUUGACCAAAUUAAAAUAAAAUGUACUGUUAUUAAUUUGUGGGAUAAGUUGUUACAGGGAUAUAGCAAUGGUAAUUUUCUU